AUGCCGUCCUCGUUAUUCAAGUCUCUCUGGGGAUUGACAGAUGUUAUUAGCAACUCAGAGCCUGAAAGUCCUCGAGAACAUUCACCAGAUCGAGAACCACCAGAAGAUUCAAUCUCUAAUCCUGCAGCUCGAUUGCCACCACCAAUUUCACUUAACCAUGACCUUGCGCAUACUGGAUUAACACUGAGGAGCAAAUACAAAAGUGAAUCUAUAGACAUACAGGAGAUUAUAUGUACUCCUCACUGGCAACCAACCUCCUUCGUGGGUCUGGAUCAAUCAUACAUGAAGGUCAACUUCCCUACCAUUCACUCACUCUCCACAACCCAUCAAGGGUGUCGAAAGCAUAUCGAGGAGCCCAUCGAUGUUGAUUUGAAUCAAACGGGUAAAAGGGCGAUGUGGCCUACUGCUCAUGAGUCACCCGCGACUUUUGUAGAUUCGCGUGAGUGGUUCGAUUAA